AUGCGUCCAGCACAGCUGCUUUCCUCGAUCGCUCUCUUCUCAGCACUCAGCUCGGCUUCAGCACCAUGGUCUGAGUCUUUCCAUCUCAAAGCCAUUCGCGACAUCAACGACUUGGUCUUCCCACGACAGGACAGCUCAGCAGAGUCUACCACAGUCGCUUCCAAGACCUCGGAUGCUUCGAGCGCACAGUCCACAAACGAAUCGUCAGCAAAAUCCACAGCGAGCUCUUCAAACAAGGACUCUUCAACCACAAACAGCGAUGCUUCUACUACCGGUUCAGACAAGAGCGCCGCUGCUUCGUCAGGUGCUUCUAAGUCUGGCGAUUCUUCAGAUGCCUCGACCACUGGCAAAUCGACAGCCAACAGUAGCGGAAGCAGCAAGGGUACAGCCACUACAAAGUCCUCAAAAUCAAAGACAUAUGGUGUCACGGCCGGCUACGGUGGUAUUGCCAUGAUCACUCCCAACAUUUUCUCGUCCUCGUCAUACUACAAAGUCGGCGACUAUGUCACUUUCGCCUGGAACAUGACUUCGUUGUCUGUCACCCCAACUGCACUUGACAUCAUGGCCUCUUGCGCUGCCAACCAGAACAUGUACACUCUGGCCGUCAACCAGACUGUCAAUGGUUCUACUGGCGCCAUCACAUGGGAUACCGGCAACUACCAAGCCUCUGCUACCAUUCCACUACUCACCGAGACUUACACUCUCAUCAUCAUGGAUGCCGCCAUGCCUGCCAUCUCCGCCACUGCCGCUUAUGGUGGUCUUCCUGUGUACAGUGGCCAUCGCUUUGGCAUGUACACUCCUCAGCCCUACUCAAACACUUCGGGCAACGACACUGAGAUCUACACCUGUGUGACCUGCAAGAGCGCUGCUGGCUCAUUGGAGACCCAAUCUCUGGCCUUCAUUUUCAGUAUUGUCUUCAUCACCAUUGCCACCUACACGACCCUUGUGAGUGGCUUCAACGUCCUUUAA